UCUCAGUUAUUUUAUUGAUUUUGCUCGUUUCAAGGCACAGCUUCACAGUAGCAGAAUGAAGCAUGAUUAUAUCAUACAUUCAAAUGUCUGAAUUUUUUAUUUUCGCAUGUUUACAGUGGUGUGGCACGUUUGCGAAAAUUCCGUAAAAAUCUCACCCCAAGUCUAUAUUGACCAUUUCAGAUGCACCUCCAGAGCUAGUAUUUACAAUUUUACUGAACCAGCUACUGUCCCAGCGAAAAUUAAAUCUGAAAUUAACAAGAAUACUUCUAACAAAUUGAACAUAUACCAAAAAGUCUUGCUGGAUUCGAAAAUAACAAAUUCUACAUAUAAAUUUUCAAAUGAAAACACGGAAGGAAUGAAUGAGUAUAAAAAUGAUAUGGAUACGAAACUCAAUAAUAAUGAGACAUCUUCAGAAAAGAAACAGAACGUUUUAGAAACAGAUUCGAAAUUAUCUACAGUAGUACAAAAAUUGCCUGAUAAUAAAGAUUUAAUUGAAUUCAAUAAACACUCAAACUUUUUAAACAAAAUAAUUCCGUUUAUAAAUAAGGACGACAUUUCAGUGAUUAGUGACAUAUUACUCGCAGAUAAUAGUAAAGACCUUAUUCGGUUCGAAGAUGUCAAGGCAACCGAUCAGAUCAACGAUAAUGAAAACUUCAACUCAUCUUUGAAUUCGUUAACUUCUGAAAAUUUUUCCUCACCAAUGCAGACAAGUACAGAUAUGAUUUUGGAUUCUGAAGUUUUGUCUACAGAUAUUGCUUCGAAUGAUUCACAAUCUCCAAAAAAUAAACAGCCUGAUAUCCCCAAGAAUAAAAAUUUUAGUUAUAUUGCAAAUUUUGCACAUCUGAAUGAGUCAACGGAGUCUUUGUGCAAUCCAAAAAGCGAUCAAAGCUUACUGAAUUCAGAUGAGAGUUGUGAUAGCUCACCUCUACAUAAAAAUAAAAGAGGAUACAGGAAACAGAGGAAACACAAGAAGAAGUACUUUGGAGUUAAAACACUUCAGAGUAUUUUCAACAAACAUGACGGAUAUUCUGAUGUGUCAACAACAGCAUCUGAUUAUGAGGAAGAAAAGGAUAAGACAGCCGUGCCGGAAAUCCAGAAGGACAAAGAGAAAUCCGAGGAAGAAGCAGAAAAUUCAACCAUUUACAAAUGUAAAGCAAUUUAUACAGAUACAAGUCCGCAAUUCGAGGAGAAUGUUCACAAUAUUUUAUCGGACAUCUUCAUAAAAAAUUUCCCCAAUACACAUGUUGAAACAGUUGUUCCAAAUGUUCAAAAACCGAUCGGUAGUAAGAAAUAUUUCAGUCUACAUGGGCAGAAUCUGCGUGUGGGUAAAGCUUUGAGGCUGUGCCCCAAUGAAAAUAUCGAUCUAGGGAACGACCAAAGAAAAGAAAAAUUGUUGGCUAGUACUUUUACUUCCUAACAAUAAAAUACUUUUGGAGAGAAAAAUCAGUCUCAGAAUGGAUUCAUUUCAAGCCUUAAUCAUAAGUGAAUUUAUUAUUUACGGUUUGAUGUAAGUACACCAAUUAACAUACCUGAUUUCAUGAAGAAAUAAAAAACAAUGACUCAACUGAUGGGAAUUUAUUGACCAACAUAACUUUAAAUUGUCAGCUUACUGUUAUUCAAACCAACUUAACACAAUUGGCUCGAAUCUUACGAACCAAAAAAUGUUGACAGCAAACCUCGCCCACUUUAACCUCUUUUAUUUUGCUUCAGAAAAUAUUCUCUGAAUACUUCUUCCCAUCCUAUAGGAGAUCUAUUCUGAAAAAGGGCAUAGGUACCUACUUUUAAAUCAUAAAAAGUUAUUCACUCUAUUUUAAGCAUUUUCUCAAAUUCAAAGUGAUUAUCUUAGUGAACUAUUUUUAAAUUUGAAAAUAUUUGAGAGUGUAUUUCUAAUAUAUUCCAAUAAAAUAGUAAUUGCCAUAGGAAUUUUUCAUGAAAUCAGAUAGUAACACACUUCAGAAUCAUACAUGGUAGGUAUUGAUUGGAGUUAAUUGCUUAGAAUAUCUAUACAAAAUAAAAAUAUAUUGAACUAAUAAUUAGAGAACCGAAGUUUUAUAGUCUGAUAGCUUAAGUAUUCAUAUUUUUGUAAGACAUUUUAGCACUAGACUUUUUGUUUGAAGGCUGAAGAAUUAUUUUUAAUCUUAGAGAACUUGAAAUUGGUUGUGAAAUUCUUUGUUUCGGAAAUAUUAUGGAGUAAUAAAAAACGUACAUGCUCAAACGAAACUAUGUUAUAGUUCAAUACAGAAACAAUAGAUAAACUUCGAACAGAAUUUUUCGAAAAUUGAGAAAAAUUUAUUAAUUUAUCAUUAUUCAAUACAUUGUAAUAAUGAGUUUUUGGCAUGCUUUGGAUAACAGUAUUGGAUAUUUGAAUCAUACUAUGUUGAUAUGUUGAUCUUUCAUAUUUUUUCUUCUGUCUGUUGUUUUAUUCUUGUAUAUAUCAAUAUGUUUAGCACUUGAAACUGCGGAGUAGAAAGACUCAUGAAUUUAUAAAAAUUAUUUUGAGUUCAUUAUAUUUUGAAAAUAUUUUUCAAAAGCAUCAAUUUUUAUGCAUAUAUGAUCCUCGAAAUAAAAAAUUUGCGGUAGCGAAUACCUCAUUGUAAUUUUUGUUUGAAACUUGAGAAUUUAUCGGUUUUUAAAGAAACGUUCGUUAAAUUUUAUGUUAUCUUGGUGUAUCAACUGUUAUUUUUCAUUUAAAUAUAAGUGUAAAAAUCAAAUUAUUUAUUAAUGUUUACUCAUAUUAAGCACUCAAAAUAUCGUUCAUUGCAGUAAAAAUUGUUAUCGUUAAAACAUAUCUGUGGAAAUAAAUUUUGCGCUGCAGAGCUUA